AGGGGGGUGCGGGAGCGGCGGGACGGGACGGGACGGGCGGCAGUUCCCGCCGCCUCGGCCGCCCCGGGCUCGGCUCCCCCGGGGGUCGGGGGGGGGGGUUCCCCGCAGUCCGGACCCCCCGGGGCGGGCGGGAAGCGCCUGCGCGCUGCGGCCUCUCGGUGCCGGCCCCGCCGCUGGCGCCGCCCGCAGCUCCCGCCGGCUCCUGCCUAUUUUAGUCACGGCGGCGGCUCGGUGGCCGCGGCGGGGCCGGCAGCCCCGGGGAGCGGCAGCACCGGCCCGUCCCGUCCGGCCGCGGCGCUCGGGAAACUUCCCCGAGGGCGCGGGGCAGGAGGAGCAGAUCAGGUGAAACUACAGGUGACAUGGCCAAAGUCAAGACCACGCAUGAACUGAUGAGAAACAGCAUUGCCUUCUGAGAUCAUCAGCCUCCUAAUUGCUGGAAAUCCUACGUGCAGCUUCACUACCAAAAGACACCCUGAUGUUGUGUGAUCAUUAAGCAGAGUUUGCAAGAAUGGAAAAGGAAAGGACCCCACUAACUGUGUCACAGAAAUAAAAAUUUCCAAGAUUCAGCCAAAUUGAAAAAUUAUUCCAGCCAUGGGAGAAAAUGCAAGUUUUUGGGAAGGUCUGAUUUAUGCACAUCCUACCUGUACCACCUGGAAGCAAGAGGCAGAGGGAUCUAUCUACCACCUAGCCAGUAUUCUCUUUGUUGUGGGCUUCAUGGGUGGAAGUGGAUUCUUUGGGCUUCUCUAUGUCUUCAGCUUGCUUGGAUUGGGCUUUCUCUGCUCUUCUGUUUGGGCUUGGCUGGAUGUCUGUGCUGCUGAUAUAUUCUCCUGGAAUUUCAUACUGUUUGCCAUAUGCUUUGUCCAGUUCAUUUACGUUACCUACCAAGUUCGGAGUGUUUCCUUUGACAGAGAAUUCCAGGAACUCUACAGCUCUCUCUUCCAGCCUCUGGGAAUUUCCUUGACUGUCUACAGGAAGAUUGUCUUGUGCUGUGAUGCAGAAGUGGUUAGCCUGGAGAAGGAACACUGUUAUGCCAUGCAGGGCAAAACACCUAUUGAUAAACUGUCCCUGCUUGUGUCAGGCAGGAUCAGAGUGACAGUUGAUGGGGAGUUUCUACAUUAUAUUUUUCCUCUUCAAUUUCUGGAUUCUCCUGAAUGGGAUUCACUGAGGCCCACAGAAGAGGGAAUUUUCCAGGUAACCCUUACAGCAGAGACAGAUUGUAGGUACGUGGCCUGGAGGAGAAAGAAGCUGUACCUGCUCUUUGCGAAGCACCGAUUCAUCUCCCGCCUGUUCUCGGUUUUAAUCGGGAGCGACAUUGCGGAAAAACUCUACGCCCUGAACGACCGAGUGCAGGUGGGGAAGGGCUUCAGGUACGACAUCCGCCUGCCCAACUUCUACCACGUCUCCCUGCCUGAGACCCCUUCAGUGCAGCCCUCCCACCACCUGCAGAGAGGGUCCCCCCGGCACAAGCCCCCAGGGGUCACAAACUCCUUCAGCGCGCAGUCCUGGAGGGAAGACUCGGCCACAGCCGCUCCCCAGGGCCAUGGAGGGAAGAGCAAAGCAGAAGAGCAGAAAGGUGGAGCAGAAUGAGACCCAGCCAAGCCAAAUCUGACUGACAAGUGCCAUUUACUUUCCCUGGGGUAGCUUGAAUUCUUCCCUUCUCUCGAGCCAGCGGGUUGGCUACUGCAUUUCGACCAUGCAAUACGUUUAGUUUCUGUCGGUCCUUUUGUUGAUCUUCAUCUCCUUACUUCUGGAGGAAUGCACAUCAUAACAGGCUGAAGUUUUAUUGCAACCAUGGGGGCCUCAGUGCUAUGUUUGUGGGUUGUUUUUUUUUUAAAAAAAAAAAACAAACAAUCCCACAGUAUUUGUAAUUGUACUUUCUCAAAAUUAUUUGCCAUCAUGAAGUGCAGUCAAUGAAAACAAGGAAGUUGUCUUCAAAAUCUAGCAACUUGCUUGUAACCUCCAUGUUGAUGCCAUGUGAACAUUGUCUCAAUUAACAUGAAGAAUAUUCCAGCAGAAGUCUAAAAGAUUUAUUGUAAUCAUUUUGGUUUUUAAAGAAAUUAAAGAUUUUGACAUGCACAGGAAGAUUCUUUAAAAAAAACAACAACAACAAACAAACAAAAAAACCCAAAAAAACAAAAGAGAACAACAAAUCCUGUCCCAUGGUUUCUCUCCAGCUGUCCUCAAGAGGUAUAUUAUGUGAAAACAAACAGAAAUGCAAUUGCUGGCAUUAGAAAAGUAAAGCAGCAAAUAGAGCUUAGAGAAAUGAUUGUGUUGUCUUUCUGACAGAAUGUGAUGCUGUAGGGCCUGGGCUUCCACAGUGUCAGUGCCAUUCGUGACAUAUACAAUAAAUGCUGUUAAUCAAUCAACUGCCAAACCAUUGGCAUUUGUUUGACAAUAUCCUUUUUAGCCAGGUUUGUCAGGAAGAAACUAAUUAAGAAGCAGCCAGAGCAAUAAAUACAAUUUUUAGCAGAAA